GGGACAGCAACAUUUGCCAGGGAAAACAUCCUGCCAUUUCUAAUUGAUGCGCUGCGGCGGCGUGCGUCCGACACAAGCCCGUCUUGUCUUUUGGCGUCUGCUGGAUGUUAUGGAUCUGUGGACCGUGAGGAAAGCAGCGCGCCGCUUUCCCCGAUGGCGGACUGAGUGAGGAUGCGACUCCCCAGUUCCAUAUUUGUGUCGGUGUCUCUCUUCACGGCCGAGACCACGGCAGCUCUCUACCUCAGCUCCACGUACCGCUCAGCGGGCGACCAAAUCUGGCAAGGGCUCACGCUCCUCUUUACGCUCGUACCGUCCGUGCUCGUGCAGCUGACUCUCACGUUCAUCCACCGGGACCUGAGCAGAGACAGGCCGCUUGUGCUUCUGCUGCAUAUUCUGCAGCUCGGACCCAUCGUCAGGUGCCUGGAGGCGUUCUGCAUCUAUGGCAGCGUGGGCCGAGUGGAGGAGCCCUAUGUCAGCAUCACCAGGAAGAAGCAGAUGCCUCGCGGGGGCCAGUCUGAGGAGGUGGAACGGCAGGUGGGGCAGGCGGAGGGGAAGCUGUUCACGCACCGAGCAGCCUUCGCCCGCACCUCUGUCAUUCAAGCCUUCCUGGGCUCUGCCCCCCAGCUGACCCUGCAGCUCUACAUCUGCGUCCUGCAACAAGGCGUGUCGAUCGGGAGAGGCACGCUAAUGGUGAUCUCGCUCCUGUCCAUCGUGUACGGGGCCCUUCGCUGCAACAUCCUGGCCAUCAAGAUUAAAUAUGAUGACUAUGAAGUCGAUGUCCGGCCCAUGGCGUACUUCUGCAUUUUCCUGUGGCGGAGCUUUGAGAUUGCCACACGUGUAGUGGUCCUGGUGCUGUUCAGCUCUGUGCUGCAGCUCUGGGUCCUGCCUGUGGUUCUGCUCAACUUCCUCAUUUUCUUCCUCUACCCCUGGGUCCUGUUCUGGAAGAGCCACUCGCCGUUCCCUGAGAAUAUUGAAAAGACUCUGACGAGGGUGGGAACGACCAUCGUGCUCUGCCUGCUCACCUUCCUCUACGCCGGCAUCAAUAUGUUCUGCUGGUCGGCCGUGCAGCUGAAACUCAACGACCCAGACCUCAUCAACAAGUCCCAGAACUGGUAUCGCAUGGCUGUGUACUACAUGCUGCGCUUUGUGGAGAACGCCUCGCUGCUGCUGCUCUGGUACGUCUAUAAAACAGACUUCUACAAGUUCAUCUGUGCCCCGCUGCUGGUGCUGCAGCUGCUGGUGGCGUAUGCCAUCGCCAUCUUCUUCAUGCUGGUGUUCUAUCAGUUUUGUCAUCCAUGUCGGAAGCUAUUCUCCUCUAGCAUGACCCAGGGGCUUUGGGACUGCCCCUCCCUUCUCUGUCUGCUCUGCACUCCUUCACCACAGAGCAGGCCAAUAGGAAACGCUGCCCUGGAGCCACCUAGCCCCACCUCACCUAAAGAGCCAGCAAAUGAAGGAGCCUACGAGACACCCAAUGACACCACCUAUGACAUCCCCAAUGACACAACUUAUGACAUGCUCAAUGACACAAUCUAUGACAUUCCUAAUGACAUGGGUCAUAAUAUAGGGAGUGAAAUGAACGGUGGCGUUAGCCACAGUGUAUCCUGCAAUCCUUAAAGCAUCACAUUUGCUUGAUGUGCCAUUCAGAGGAGCCAAGUUGCAUGGAGAAACUCUGACCGGUAUCUUACCCUCCGUAACCCUUUAAGUGCCACAUGGAUCCUUCUGUGCUAUCAGUUAAGUUUACACUUGGAAUGAUCUUAAUCUCAUGUAUCCUUCUUGAUUCUGUACUCUCCAUAAUCCUUGCUGUCCUCAAAGAAAUGAUGCAAAUGUGACCUUAACUUGAAACGCAUAGUGGCUGCAAAGACACAAUGUGUUGAUGACUUGAAUUUGGCAGGCAAUGUACAAUCAGAAAUAGUGGCGAUGCAGUGUUCACUCGUCUCACCAGGGACUUUAACCUGUGAAACUGCAGCCUUUUAAAUCAAAUGAAAGCCCCUGUCCAGUACCAUAACUCUUCCUAGGUUCAUAAAAUAUUCAGUUCUCAUAACAGUAUCCACUUACAAUAUAUGCUGCAUUACUGAUCACAAGGAGCCAUGAAUGUGGAUUGAUUGUAUUUAGUAUUUCACUUUGGCAUGGAAGUUUGCAUGUGCGGUGCGUCAAACGAGGGCGCUGUAUUAUUGUUAAUAAUUUACUGGGGUUGAGUCUAUUUUGUACAAGGUUUUUUCUUAACCCUCCCUAGUUUUAUGGCUGCAAGCAAAUCUGCUUUUUUACUUCUUGAUAAGAGCUUUAUCAUUGAUAUGCGCUGCUUCUGUGGUGUAUUUGUGCUUGCAGUGAAAGACAAGUUGUGAAUCUCCACACUCCAUUGUAUGUUAAGAGCCUAUUCUCUCAUUCAACACGUUGUUGUGAAGGCAUGGGCAUUUCUCUGUCAUGUUUUUGCACUUUUACAAGGGAUUUAAGUGGCUUUGGUUCAAACCUUGAGCAGCAACACCAGUUGUUGAUGUGAAAUGCUUUGUUUGGAUGUUUUGGGGUUUUGCUAAUUCACGCUGUGUUGUCUCUUGUCAGCUCUGAGUCUGUUUUUCUACACCAGUACCAGUGUGUUUCAUUAGUUAGGAUAUUUCCACUGACUACACAUAAAAUUAGGUAUUAUCUAAUUGAAAACAUUUCAUUAUUUGGAAUGGUAAAGUGUCUUAGUAUCAACCUGUAAUGUAUACCUGUCUGUGUGUGAAUGUCAUUUUUUUUGUUGUUUCCUUUUCACACUAUUAUAUAUUUUUUUUUACAAUGUCACUGUAGAGGGAUGACAACCUCGGCUAUCACGUGAAUGCUCCUUUGUACAAAUAAGACAAACAUCCUUUGAAGCCAAACAGAAUAUUUAAAGCCUAUUAUGUACACAUUGUGAACAUUCUCAUACAUGCUAAGAGUUAAAGAGAGGUAUUUUAAAGAUGGAAAUCCUACUGAAAACUCGAAGUAAAAUUUAUAUUUAUAUGUGAAAACUGUCUGAGUUGUUUUGCUUUGAGCAGUCAGACCUUUCAUACUGCCUUAUGGUGACCUCUAGUGGCCACAGCACAAAUAGCUCUCACUGGUAAUGGUAAUAAAUUGUGUGCCAGUGCAGUCUGGUGAAGACAGCCUGACCCUCUAUGACUCAGCUGGAUAUGGGACCCCACCUGGAAAACAGAAAUAGAGCCAUCCAUCU